AAAAACUAAUCUCCAGCGACGAGAAACCUUCUGUAACCUCAGCUCUUUGCUAUGAGUCGUCGUUUGUUUGAACAGAAACUGAAGUGCAUUCACUUUAAAAAAGAAAAAAACGUGCCUGAUUAAUUUGCCAAGUUUCUUUAAACGGUGUGAUCGUCUUUCAGUCCCAGGAUGGAUGUUAAAUGCGCAAUGGCUCCUAAUGAAGUUAUUAGUUGAGAAUCACUAUAAGGACACGGGAGUGCUUCUAAUAGGAUGCCGGUAUCUCAGCUCUACUCCGGGCUCACUGGGAAUUUCAGAGGAAGUGUUAGUGGGAAAAACGUUUCCUGUAACUGUGUAUCGCACAGAUAAAUGGAGUAACGGAGAGGAGGGAGGGGGGCGCAGAAAACUUAUCACGGCGCUUAAGUGAUGGUCACUCAACUCCAGUGGACUUUAUGCAUCGGGGGUGCCAAUAAUGUGUCCUAUUAUUAUCCCAGACACGACGGAGUAACCCACGAGGGACAGGUGACCGCGUCUGCGAGACUGAAUAAAAAGUGAGCUUCACUUCAAAGCGACUUAUAUGAGACUUCAACGAGGACGCACACAGGACCAGUAGCACCGGAUCCUCGAGCCGUUUCCCCAGUCUCAUUCUACUUUCAGCCGCUGUUCAGAGGAUGACCACAGCCGCUCAGCCGACACUCUGCCUUUUUUCUCAAGCUUUGAUGGUUUCUACAUGAGAGCAGAAGUCAAGGGGACGCAUUUCGGACCGGGCAGAAGAAGGAAGUAAAGUUACGCACGGUUCUUGCUUCCAUAUUUCUGGACGCACGGGACCGGGACGCGAUCAGUCAGUAUCGGAGGAGGUUGCAGACCUACAGGUGUUAAACUUUUUCCCCACAUAUCUGGUCGAGGAGGACUUCACUUUUUACGCACUCCGCGUGAGCUAUGAGCGGCCUGCGCGGGCACUUCAGAAUGGGACUGGUGCUACUGAUGUGCACGCUGACCGGACACUGCAGCGAGAGCGCGCCCUCAGCGAUGCCGCCGGCGUCAACAGCAGCCAGCAAGGACAAGCAGCAGGACUUGAGGCGGAUAGUGGAGAUCGUGAAGCACGUGGAGGAGAACCGUGGUGGUCACGCCGGCAAAGUGGAGGCUGCGUUAACAACAACGGUGACGAGGAGUUCUCUGGUGGAGCCUAAGGAUUUACACAGCUUGAAAACGGACAGAGGGGAUCAGGUUGUCGUUGUAUACCCAAGAGAUCUCAGAAAAAAGGAGAGGUUGCUGAAACAUAUAACAGGUCCGCUCUACUUCAGUCCAAAGUGCAGGAAGCAUGUCUACAGGCUAUAUCACCACACCAGAGACUGCACCAUACCUGCGUUCUAUAGAAGAUGUGCACGGCUUCUCACAAGACUUGCUGGCAGCCCACAGUGCACAGAGGGGUAGCACAUGCAAGGUUGAGGUGUAAAAUACAUUUUUCAGGAGGAAAAAACUUGGGAAAAUAGUGCCUUGGACUGUAAGAGGGAAGCUUUAAAAUUGGAGCAGCCCCAACUAAUGUCGGGCACAGUUUUGCCCUUCAGUAAGGUCUGUUCUACUGAGGCGUGGAUUACUGCCACCCCCUGUCUGGCUGGGCCCUGAUGGUUGGCCUUCACCACAUGGAAGAACCGGACCAACACAGAGAUGGCGGCAAUGAAGAGUGGACAGCUAAGUGGCUGAGGGACACACAUGUGGCUAUUUUCCCUGCUGCCAUCCAAAUAUUUGCUGAAACAAAUGAAAAGGGAUUGCAUAUUUUCAUUUUGUUCAAUUCUUUAAGAAAAGAACAAAAUCCAAAUGUAGCUACUGUUUUUAGCAUGACUGGAAGGCCCAUCCCUUCUACUGCACUACCCAUAACGCAGACAAAAAGCUGUCACAGAACCAUGGCUGGCAGUCAGCGACAAGCUUUCACCCACUCUUGCUCACACUGAAAAAGAAUUGUUUCAAUUAUUGAUGACAUGAACAUAUUUUCGCAUAUUUGCAGAGAAGUGUCCAAAUACAGGUGGUGGUUGUAAGACAUAGCCCUCCUGUGGAUCUUUGUGAAGUGUGAUGCAGUCUAUAUUUAUAUGUUUGAGUUGUCACAAAGGUUCCACCAUACAUAAUCAAUGCCAGGAUCACUUGAAACGAGAAAUAUGUAUAUACUGUAAAGCAAAGUUUAAGAGGACUCCCCCUGUCUACUUUAAAUUAAAGUGACUGGCAUUUAUCAGAUGGCUGUUAAAUACAUCUAUAUAUAUAAAUAUAUGAAAAUGAAAUAUAUUUAAAUAAAUUAUAAGAUUGAUACAGA